GGGGCUGGCUGGCCGCCAUCUUGCUUCUUUUUCUCGCUCGCUCUGAGCCUCUAGGGAAGCAGGGAAAGUGCCCUGGCGGUUUAUCGGUCCGCAGUCUCGGCUCCUCGAGCCCGGUGGCCUUUCCAGCCGGCCCACUGGCACCAGCGUCCCCUCCCCGUUCCCCUGGCCAGAGCUUGGCGGAGGCCCUCGGCGUGCGCAGACUCGACCCUCCUCCUGGCCGGCUGGUUUUAAAGGGGUGUGGCAGGAGGUUUGGACUCGAUGAGUUUCCACCGAAAUGUCGGAGAAGUCAGGCCAGAGCACAAAAGCAAAGGAUGGGAAAAAGUAUGCAACACUCAGUUUAUUUAAUACUUACAAGGGUAAAUCAUUAGAAACUCAGAAAACCACAGUUGCAGCUCGACAUGGAUUACAGAGUCUCGGAAAAGUUGGUAUUUCACGGCGUAUGCCUCCACCUGCUAACCUCCCAAGUCUCAAAGCAGAAAACAAAGGCAAUGACCCUAAUGUGAAUAUUGUACCAAAAGAUGGCACAGGAUGGGCAUCAAAGCAAGAGCAGCAUGAAGAAGAAAAAACACCAGAAGUGCCACCAGCACAGCCAAAACCUGGGGUUGCAGCUCCCCCAGAAGUAGCACCUGCUCCCAAAUCAUGGGCCAGUAACAAGCAAGGUGGGCAAGGAGAUGGAAUCCAGGUGAAUAGUCAGUUUCAGCAAGAAUUUCCCAGCCUGCAAGCAGCUGGGGAUCAGGAAAAAAAAGAAAAGGAAGGAAAUGAUGACAACUAUGGACCUGGACCCAGUUUACGUCCACCAAAUGUGGCUUGUUGGAGAGAUGGUGGCAAGUCUACUGGUUCACCUUCAUCGGAUCCAGAUGGAAAGCUUCCUGGUCAGGAUGAAAGCACAGCUGGGACAUCGGAGCAAAAUGAUAUCCUCAAAGUGGUGGAGAAGAGGAUAGCAUGUGGUCCUCCACAGGCUAAACUGAAUGGACAGCAGCCUGCUCUUGCUUCCCAGUAUAGAGCCAUGAUGCCUCCUUAUAUGUUUCAGCAGUACCCAAGGAUGGCAUAUCCUCCUCUUCAUGGUCCUAUGAGGUUCCCACCUUCUUUAUCUGAAACAAACAAAGGCCUUCGAGGAAGAGGUCCACCUCCUUCAUGGGCUUCUGAGCCAGAGCGCCCAUCUAUACUCAGUGCAUCAGAACUGAAGGAGCUUGAUAAAUUUGAUAACCUAGACGCUGAAGCUGAUGAAGGUUGGGCAGGUGCUCAAAUGGAGGUAGAUUAUACGGAACAGCUGAAUUUCAGUGAUGAUGAUGAGCAAGGAAGUAGUAGUCCUAAAGAAACUAGCAGUGAGGAUCAAAGUUUAAAAACCUCUGAAAAUACUGAAAACAGGAAAGAAACAGAUGAAGUUUCUAAUGCUAAGCCAUCUUCUCAGAUACCUGCACAGCCAUCUGUCACAAAAAGUCCCCAUGGGAAAGGACCUCCAUUGAAUCAGGAACGUGGAACAUCUUCACACCUGCCACCACCUCCAAAGUUGCUUGCACAGCAGCAUCCACCUCCAGAUCGACAGGCAUUACCUGGAAGACCAGGGCCGUUCCCUCCCAAGCAGCAAGUUCCUGAUGAAGAUGAAAUAUGGAAACAAAGACGAAGACAGCAGUCAGAAAUCUCUGCAGCAGUGGAACGCGCUCGUAAACGGCGUGAAGAGGAAGAGCGAAGAAUGGAAGAACAGCGGAAGGCAGCGUGUGCGGAGAAACUGAAGCGAUUGGAUGAGAAGCUUGGCAUUGUGGAAAAACAGCCAUCUCCAGAGGAGAUUCGGGAAAGGGAACGAGAGAAAGAACGGGAGCGUGAGAAAGAACUUGAGAAGGAACAAGAACAGGAGCGAAAGAAAGAGAGAGAAAAAGAAAGAGAGAGGCAACAGGAAAAGGAGAAAGAGCUGGAGAAGGAGCAGGAAAAACAAAGGGAAAUGGAGAAGGAAAAAAGGCAAGAAAAAGAGAAAGAACUAGAACGGCAGGGGGAAAAGGAAAAAGAAUCAGCACAGCUUAAAGAACAGGAAAAGGAAUGUGAGCUAGACAAGGAGAGAGAAAAAGUGGAUGAGAAAACAGAACCCAAAGAACCUACAUUAGAGCCUGUAGUAGACAAACAAGAAAGUGAAAACAACAGCAGUAAAGAAGAAGAGCCGGUGUUCACUAGACAAGACAGCAAUCGCAGUGAAAAGGAGACCACACAAGUGGCACAUGAAACAGAGCCAGAAUCUGGGUGUCAGCCUCGGCCUGCUGUGUUAUCUGGGUACUUCAAACAGUUUCAGAAAUCUUUACCACCAAGAUUCCAGCGACAGCAGGAACAGAUGAAGCAGCAGCAGUGGCAGCAACAGCAGCAAGGUCAAAGUCAAAGUCAAGGUGUGCUUCCACACAGUGUUCCUUCACAGCCAUCCAGUGGUGCUGUCCCUCCUCCACCACACAGACCUCUGUACCAGCCCAUGCAACCUCACCCUCAGCAUUUGGCUUCCAUGGGUUUUGAUCCAAGGUGGCUCAUGAUGCAGUCCUACAUGGACCCUCGAAUGAUGUCAGGAAGACCUGCUAUGGAUAUGUCACCUAUUCAUCCUGGAAUGAUUCCUCCUAAGCCAUUAAUGAGAAGAGACCAAAUGGAAGGAUCACCAAGUAGUUCUGAGUCAUUUGAGCAUUUAGCUCGAUCCACCAGAGAUCAUGCAGUUUCCCUUUCUGAGCCUCGUGUAAUGUGGGGUUCCGACCCCUAUCCUCAUGCUGAGCCUCAGCAGGCAACAACUCCGAAAGCAACAGAAGAACCUGAGGAUGUUAGGCCUGAAGCUGCACUGGACCAGGAACAGAUAACUGCUGCUUAUGCUAUAGAACAUAAUCAGUUGGAGGCCCAUCCAAAAGCCGACUUUGUCAGAGACUCAAAUGAGACAGAAGUACAGAAAUUUUUAAGCAGAUCCGUGGAAGAUAUUAGACCUCCUCAUGCUGACGCAAAUAAUCAGUCUGCUUGCUUUGAUGUACCUGAACAAAAGACUGCAUCCUCUUCUCCAGAAGAGCGGACUUCAGCUGUGGAAAGUCAGCCUACUCGGAAAAGAAGUGUUUGUCAUGGUUCUAAUCAUAUUCAGAAAUUAGAGGAACAAAGAAAUGAGCCUCCUGCAAGCAUUCCUAAAGUAACCAGCAGAUGCAUAGAUUCAAAAGAAUCAGCAGAAAGGCAAGAAGACAAACCAAAGAAGGAUGGCUUUAUACGAUCAUCUGAAGGACCAAAACCUGAAAAAGUAUAUAAAUCUAAAUCAGAAACUCGCUGGGGCCCAAGGCCAGGCUCCAACAGAAGGGAAGAUGGUAAUGAUAGACCUGUGAGACGAUCAGGUCCCAUUAAAAAGCCUGUACUUAGAGAUAUGAAAGAGGAACGGGAGCAAAGGAAGGAAAAGGAGGGAGAAAAGGUUGAAAAGGUUACUGAGAAGGUUGUAAAACCUGAAAAGAUAGAAAAGAAGGAUCAUCUUCCUCCACCCCCACCACCUCCAGUACCGAUUCAGCCACAGUCUGUUCCUCCACCAACUCAGUCAGAACCAGAGAAAUGUCCUUCAACAGAAACUUCAGCUUUAGCUCAAAAACCGUCUCAAGAUACCGAGAAGCCUUUGGAACCUGUGAGCAGUGUUCAGGUAGAGCCUGCAGUUAAAACUGUCCACCAACAAACCGUCACAGCGCCAACAGUGAAAGAAGAAAAACAGCCUGAGAAAGUCAUCACCAAAGACCUUGUGAUAGAAAGACCUAGACCAGAUUCAAGACCAGCAGUUAGAAAAGAAUCAGCUUUACCCCCUAGGACCUAUUGGAAAGAAGCUAGAGAUAGAGAUUGGUUUCCAGAUCAAGGGUACAGAGGGCGAGGCCGGGGUGAAUAUUACUCAAGAGGUCGAAGCUAUAGAGGCUCCUAUGGAGGGCGGGGCAGAGGUGGCAGAGGACACCCUCGAGAGUACCCUCAAUACAGAGACAGUAAGCCAAGGGCAGAUCAUAUCCCCCCCCCAGGGCCUCUCAGACAGCGUGAAGAGAGUGAAACUCGAAGCGAAAGCUCUGAUUUUGAAGUUGUCCCCAAAAGGAGACGGCAACGGGGCUCAGAGACUGAUACCGACAGCGAAAUUCAUGAAAGUGCAAGUGACAAGGAUAGUUUGAGCAAAGGCAAACUUCCCAAAAGAGAGGAACGAUCUGAAAACAAAAAGCCUAUAAAACCUCAGUCUUCUUUCAAACCAGAAAAUCAUGUUCGAAUCGAUCAUAGACCACUAGAAAAACCUUAUGUAAGGGAUGAUGAUAAGUCUAAACCAAGCUUCCUUCCCAAAGGAGAGCCUACAAGGCGAGGCAGAGGGGGGACAUUCAGACGUGGUGGAAGGGAUCCUGGAGGCCGCCCCUCACGCCCUUCUACCUUACGAAGACCUGCUUAUCGGGAUAAUCAGUGGAACCCAAGACAGGCAGAAACUCCCAAACCAGAAGAUGGAGAGCCACCAAGAAGACACGAACAGUUCAUUCCUAUACCAGCAGAUAAACGACCUCCAAAAUUUGAGCGAAAGUUCGACCCGACUAGAGAGAGGCCCCGAAGGCAGCGUCCUACCCGACCACCAAGGCAGGAUAAGCCUCCUCGAUUUAGACGGCUAAGAGAAAGGGAAGCUGCUUCAAAACCAAAUGAAGUGGCAGUGCCUGCAAAUGGCACAGUUAACAGUGUGUCUCAAGAACCAGUUAAUAAUGCUGGGGAUAUUUCUGGGAAUAAGACUCCAGACUUAUCUAAUCAGAACUCAUCAGAUCAGGCAAAUGAAGAAUGGGAAACAGCUUCUGAAAGCAGUGACUUCAAUGAAAGGCGAGAAAGGGACGAAAAAAAAAAUGCUGACUCGAAUCCACAAGCAGUUGUAAAAGCCGGAGAGAACGUUUUGCCUCCAAAGAGGGAAAUAGCAAAGAGGAGUUUUUCUAGCCAGAGACCUGGAGUAGACCGUCAGAAUCGACGGGGUGGCAACAGCGGUCCACCCAAAUCAGGACGGAAUUUCCCAGGCCCUAGGAAUGAAAGGAGAAGUGGCCCACCCUCAAAAACUGGGAAGAGAGGGCCAUUUGAUGAUCAGUCUGCAGGUACAACUGGUGUUGACCCCAUCAGCAGCAGUACUGCACAUCACCAAGAAGGAGCACCUAACGGUGCAGGACAAAAGAACUCCAAAGAUUCUGCCGGGAAAAAAAGAGAAGACCCCAAACCAGGGCCUAAAAAACCCAAAGAGAAAGUAGAUGCUCUGUCACAGUUUGAUCUCAACAAUUAUGCAAGUGUUGUUAUAAUUGAUGAUCAUCCUGAAGUAACAGUAGUUGAAGAUCCACAGUCAAAUUUGAAUGAUGAUGGUUUUACUGAAGUAGUCUCCAAAAAACAACAAAAACGUUUACAGGAUGAGGAACGUCGAAAGAAAGAAGAACAAGUCGUACAGGUCUGGAACAAAAAGAAUGCAAAUGAAAAAGGAAGAAGUCAGACUUCUAAGCUCCCUCCAAGAUUUGCCAAAAAACAGGCUACAGUGACCCAGCAAACACCGUCUCUAGCCUCAGCUCCAACUACAGCCUCAGCUCCAGUUCCAGCUUCCACCUCACCUCUAACUCCAGCCUCCACCUCAGCUCCUGUUUUAGCAUCUCCUAUAGCUCCAAUUUCUGCUUCAGCCUCAGGUCCAGUUCUUACUUCAGCCUCAGCUCCAGUUUCAACCUCAACAGCACCAGUUCCAACCUCCACUUCAGCUAUAGUGACAGCCUCUUCAGCUCCAGCUUCAACCCCAGCUCCAACUCCCAUCCUUGCUGCAGCUUCCACCCCAGCCUCUGUCCCCAUGCUUGCCACACCCUCAAUUCCCAUUCUUGCUUCAGCCUUAGCACCAGCUUCAUCUCCGACUCCAGCCUCAACUCCCACACCAUCUAUCUCAACCCCAGCUGCCCCAGCCUCAGCCCAAACUGCCUCAGUCCCACUUACUCCAGCCACAGUCCCUACCCCAGCCCCUGUCCCGGUGCCUACUGUUCCAUCCCAGGCUCAGGCACUGACCCACAAACCAGUCCAGAACCCACUGCAGACUGCAGCCCAGUCUUCAAAGCAGCCACCACCUUCAAUUAGGCUGCCUUCAGCUCAGGCACCAAAUGGCACAGAUUAUGUAGCUGCAGGAAAAUCUAUCCAGACCCCACAGUCUCAUGGCACUCUUACAGCCGAGUUAUGGGAUAACAAGGUGGCCCCACCAGCUGUGCUGAAUGACAUCUCUAAGAAAUUAGGUCCCAUUAGUCCACCACAGCCACCUUCAGUAAGUGCAUGGAAUAAGCCCUUAACAUCGUUUGGAUCCGCUGCUGCAGCAGAGGGAACAAAGAAUGGUCAAGAAAGUGGAGUUGAAAUUGGAAUUGACACAAUUCAGUUUGGUGCUCCAGCUUCAAAUGGGAACGAAAAUGUUGUUCCUGUGAUUUCAGAAAAAUCUUCCGACAAAAUAGCUGAACCUAAAGAACAACGGCAGAAGCAGCCACGGGCAGGACCUAUCAAAGCCCAGAAGCUUCCAGAUUUGAGUCCAGUAGAAAACAAAGAACAUAAACCUGGUCCCAUUGGAAAGGAACGUUCAUUAAAAAAUAGAAAAGCGAAAGAUGCCCAACAGGUGGAGCCAGAAGGACAAGAGAAGCCAAGCCCUGCCACAGGCAGAAGCACAGAUCCUGUCACAACAAAGGAAACCAAAGCAGUCACUGAAAUGUCUACUGAAAUAGGCACAAUGAUCUCAGUGUCAUCUGCAGAAUAUGGGACUAAUGCAAAGGAGUCUGUAACAGAUUACACUACACCUUCUUCUUCUCUGCCUAACACUGUGGCCACUAACAAUACAAAGAUGGAGGAUACUUUGGUUAAUAAUGUGCCCUUGCCCAACACUCUUCCCCUCCCUAAGAGGGAGACUGUACCGCAGAGCUCCAGCCUAACUUCAGUUCCUCCCACUACUUUCAGCCUCACCUUCAAGAUGGAGUCUGCACGCAAGGCAUGGGAGAAUUCUCCAAACCUAAGGGAAAAGGGGUCUCCGGUGACUUCUACGGCACCUCCAAUUGCAGGUGGAGGCAGCAGUAGUGCCAGUGGACCAAGCACUGCUAAUUACAACUCGUUCUCAAGUGCAUCGAUGCCUCAGAUACCUGUUGCUUCAGUCACUCCUACAACAUCACUAUCAGGAGCGGGUACAUAUACUACCUCUUCUUUGAGCACAAAAUCUACAACCACAUCAGAUCCUCCUAAUAUUUGUAAAGUGAAACCCCAGCAAUUACAAACAAGCAGCCUGCCUUCUGCGAGUCACUUUUCUCAGCUCAGCUGCAUGCCUUCCCUCAUUGCACAGCAACAGCAGAGUCCACAAGUGUACGUGUCUCAGUCGGCAGCAGCUCAAAUACCAGCUUUCUAUAUGGACACAAGUCAUCUAUUCAAUACCCAGCAUGCACGAUUGGGCCCACCGUCCUUGGCUCAGCAACAGGGCUUUCAGCCAGGGCUCUCACAGCCAACUUCAGUCCAGCAGAUUCCAAUCCCUAUUUAUGCACCACUGCAAGGGCAGCAUCAAGCCCAGUUGAGUUUGGGAGCUGGGCCUGCUGUUUCCCAGGCUCAGGAGCUAUUCAGUUCUUCACUUCAACCGUAUAGAUCUCAGCCAGCCUUUAUGCAAAGCAGUUUAUCCCAGCCUUCGGUGGUCCUUUCUGGUACUGCUAUCCACAACUUUCCAGCUGUCCAACACCAGGAACUUGCCAAAGCACAAUCGGGUCUUGCCUUUCAGCAAACUUCAAAUACUCAGCCUAUUCCUAUAUUAUAUGAACAUCAGCUGGGUCAAGCAUCAGGGCUCAGUGGUUCCCAGCUGAUUGAUACACAUCUUCUCCAGGCUAGAGCAAAUCUUACCCAGGCUUCAAAUAUUUAUUCUGGACAAGUACAACAGCCUGGUCAGACAAAUUUUUAUAACACUGCCCAGUCACCAAGUGCUCUCCAGCAGGUAAACUAUGGCAUGGUUACAGUACCUUUACCAGCAUCCCAGCUUCCUUUACCGAAUUUUGGAUCUACAGGACAGCCUUUAAUUGCUUUGCCUCAGACUCUUCAGCCGCCAUUACAGCAUACCACCCCACAAGCACAGGCUCCCAGUCUGAGCCGUCCUGCACAAGUGAGCCAGCCUUUCAGAGGAUUAAUCCCAGCUGGAACGCAGCAUAGCAUGAUUGCGACCACAGGAAAAAUGUCUGAAAUGGAACUUAAAGCCUUUGGAAGUGGCAUUGAUAUAAAGCCAGGCACACCUCCAAUCGGCGGUAGAAGCACCACACCAACAUCUAGUCCCUUCCGGGCUACUUCCACAAGUCCGAACAGCCAGUCCAGCAAAAUGAACAGCAUUGUCUAUCAGAAGCAGUUCCCCGCAGCUCCUGCCACAGUGAGAA